CUGCAAGAGAACUACAUGCAGGAGGCGGGGUCGAGGGCGAGGGAUCUACGCGGCUAGCAGUGGCGGAGGCGGCUGAAGCGGCAGCAUGAAGAGGACUCCGACCGCCGAGGAACGAGAGCGCGAAGCUAAGAAACUGAGGCUCCUUGAAGAGCUUGAAGACACUUGGCUCCCCUAUCUGACCCCCAAAGAUGACGAAUUCGAUCAGCAGUGGCAGCUGAAAUAUCCUAAGCUGAUUCUCCGAGAAGCCAGCAGCGUCCCCGAGGAGCUCCACAAGGAGGUUCAGGAAGCCUUUUUCGCACUGCACAAGCACGGCUGCUUAUUUCGGGACCUGGUUAGGAUCCAAGGCAAAGAUCUGCUCACUCCAGUGUCUCGCAUCCUCAUUGGUAACCCAGGCUGCACCUACAAGUACCUGAACACCAGGCUCUUCACGGUGCCCUGGCCAGUGAAGGGUUCUAAUGCCAAAUACAACGAGGCUGAAAUAGCUGCUGCUUGUCAGAGCUUCCUCAAGCUCAAUGACUACCUGCAGACAGAGACCAUCCAGGCUUUGGAAGAACUCGCUGCCAAAGACAAAGCUAAUAUCGAUGCCGUGCCAGUGUGCAUAGGGCCAGAUUUCCCCAGGCUUGGUAUGGGGUCAUCCUUUGAUGGACAAGAUGAAAUGGACAUUAAGAACAGAGCAGCAUACAACGUAACUUUGUUGAAUUUCAUGGAUCCUCAGAAAAUGCCAUACCUGAAAGAGGAGCCUUACUUUGGCAUGGGGAAAAUGGCGGUGAGCUGGCAUCACGAUGAAAAUCUGGUGGAAAGGUCAGCGGUGGCAGUGUACAGUUAUAGCUGUGAAGGCCCUGAAGAGGAAAGUGAGGAUGAUCCUCAACUCGAAGGCAGAGAUCCUGAUAUCUGGCAUGUUGGUUUUAAGAUCUCGUGGGACAUAGAGACGCCUGGUUUGGCAAUACCCCUUCACCAAGGAGACUGCUAUUUUAUGCUGGAUGAUCUCAAUGCCACCCACCAGCACUGUGUUUUGGCUGGUUUACCACCUCGGUUUAGUUCCACCCACCGAGUGGCAGAGUGCUCCACGGGAACCUUGGAUUAUAUCGUACAGCACUGCCAGUUGGCUCUGCAGAAUAUUCGUGAUGAGGCGGACAAUGGCGAUGUCUCUUUGAAAUCCUUGGAGCCUGCAGUUUUGAAACAAGGAGAAGAAAUCCACAAUGAGGUCGAGUUUGAGUGGCUGAGACAGUUUUGGUUUCAAGGCAAUCGAUACAAGAAGUGCACUGACUGGUGGUGUCAACCCAUGACUCAGCUGGAAGAACUGUGGAAGAAGAUGGAAGGCGUGACAAAUGCUGUGCUUCAUGAAGUUAGACGAGAGGGGGUCCCCGUGGAACAAAGGAAUGAGAUCUUGACUGCCAUCCUUGCGUCGCUCACUACACGCCAGAACCUGAGGAGGGAAUGGCAUGCCAGGUGCCAGUGCCGAAUUGCCCGAACUUUACCGGUGGAUCAGAAGCCGGAAUGCCGGCCAUACUGGGAAAAGGAUGAUCCUUCGAUGCCUCUGCCCUUUGAUCUCACAGACAUCAUUUCAGAACUCAGAGGUCUGCUUCUGGAAGCAAAACCCUAGAAGGAGCACAGGUCUUAGGUGGAGGAGGAAAGGAUAUUUUUGGCUUCUCAUCUCCAACCUGUCAUGGGCCAGGCAAGGGCACUAUGGGUAGACGUGGCCUUUAGACUGUAGAACCUGGGUCCCCGUUGGAAACAGCUGGGGAAUGGAGCCCAUAAUAUUCAAAUGUUUAAAAAUGACACAGUCUUAUAAUCUGAUUUGGUAUUAAACAAGAACCUCCCCCCAAAAACUAUUCCCCACUUGGAUUUUUAGUGUGAGCCAUCCAGCUCUCAAGGCCGAGGGAGGUGACAAGCAGGCCCAGCCUGAGGCAGAGCCCAGUCCCCUCCUCCUCCCCGAGCCAUUCAAGACGCUCAAGUGGAUGACUCGGAAGUCGUCUGGGGGCAGACAGAGCUGUGAGUCUCCUUUUCUCACCACGCCCUGUAGAGGCUGUGCUGUCCAAUGUGGUAGCUGCUAGCUGUGUGGCGUCUUAAAUUUAAAAUCAAUUUUAAUUGUGGUUAAAAAUUCACUUCCUCAGUUGGGCUACCCACGUUUCAAGCGCUUCAUAGCCGCGUGUGGCCAGUGACUACUGUACUGGACAGCACAGGCACAGAACACGUUCCUCAUGGUGGAAAGGCCUACUGGACAGCCCUUCUGUAAAAGGUCCGAGGGCGGGAGGUCGUCUUUUCCAGUCCUCUGUAGCUGCCAUCCCCAUGGGCGAGGUCAGUUGAGAGAGAAAUGACUGGGUGGAGAGCAGCCUUUUUCCCUUCUCUCAGACAGACCCGAGUCAAACGUGAGUUAUGAGUCCUGUGCUCUGCACACAGGAAAGGAGAGGUGUUGAAAAUUAAAGUUGACUCCUGUCCUUAGGAAGUCUCCCUGAUCUGAUGACGGAGACACCGCCCCAUUUACACUGCUCCGCGACUUUAGCCAGCACACCACGCUUUCUUCCGGAGUUCCCCCAUUCGUGUGUCAUGACAGGUGGAGUUGAAGAGGCCCAGUGCCCCGUCCUGGUGACACUGGAGCAGCCGAGAGACGACAGAGCAGAGAGGUUAAACCUGGGCUCUGGUUUGAGAGCGCCUGGAUCAAACUCCCACAAGCUUUGUGACCUCUGGCAUGUUACUCUGCCUCAGUUUCCUCUUCUGUGUAAUGGGAGACUAAAGGCACCAACUCACAAGGUGAAGAUUAAAUGAAAUAACCUAGCUACAGACUUAGAACUAAUUCUGACACGUAGUUAAACACCCAGUAAAUGUUAGUAGUAGUAUAUAUCGAUAAGCUGAGCUGACAUAGACGUCCCUCCCCUCCCCCAUCCUCGUGCCAGUGCUUUCAUGAUGCUCUUAACCCAUCCCUCCCCUUCGGGCCUGGCUCCUGCCCUUUGGCGACCUCAGAAAUCGUGAGCAUAGUUACCCUCCGCACCUGUGGCCUCCUUCUGUAGUAGUCUGCGGCAGUGUGAAAGCUGAAGAGCUCUUUGCGCGUUGAGAGGUGCACCGAGAACCAGACUCCUGCUGUCAGAAUCCACCUGGGUCAAGGCGUGCGUUCAUUCGCACCGAGUCAGCCACACAAAGGCCACACUGCGCACAGCAGCCAGGGUCUCAUCACCUCGAGACUCGAGUCCCUUAGACCUCGGAUGAAUUCCCUGCUGUCCUUCACCUCGACUUCCUCAUCAGAAGAGAUGAAGCACUGCCCCCAGGGCUGUUGUCGAGAGCACGUGCAAUCACGUAGGGGAGGGCCGGGUGGCAGGGGAAGGCACCCUCGAGGCCGGCUAGCCUGGUGUUUCCUUUAUCCCUCACAAUAUUCAUUAGGUGCCAAUAUUUAAAAAUUGGGAGAUGUCGUAUGAAAUAAACACGUGUGCAUUCCCUUCAGAAUUCAGAGCACCUGGCGGCCUGAGGCCUCCGUCCUGGCGUGGCAGCGAGCCAGGCAGGGUCUUCCCGCUCUGAGGUGAGGCAUGAAGCCCCCAUGGCCGUAUUAGCAGUUACUGUAAACCCAACCUGCUUCGCCCCUUCGUGUCAGCGCUCCCUCAACCUGCUUGCUUGCACCCCUGUAGUAGAAAUGAAUGGCCCUGUUUAGUCUUUCCCCAAGUGUAUGUGUAUUACUAGUGAGCUGCAUCUGUGCACUGCUUGUACUAAUGUGUCAUGUACAUCAUCAAACAGUCGUAAACAAUAAAAAUAUUAAAAGGGUGACAUAAGAAGCCAA